GGAGUCGACCGCCUCGGGUGACUUUGGCAGCCCCCCGCCGCUCCAGAAAAUCAGUGAUAUCUGCUUUCGAGUGGGAGGCGGGAAAGGGUACUCUUAUCGUGCGACCUGUGACGACAAUUCACCUGCGCUCACGCCGUGAGCUGUGUCUUUGAGAACUGUACUUGCAGACUCAGUGUAGGUAAGAGUGAUCAAACUCUCCUGUGGUUGGCGGGGACUGCUUGUGCCGGGGUUAGCGGGGGCGGAGUUUGGAGGACGCGGGGCGGCUUGGCACGCGCGUGGUCGCGGAUGGAAAUACCCGUUGGGCGGGAAACCGUAUCUUUCCCGGUCCCUAGAUAGAUAUCCCGGGCAUGUAGCUUGAGAAUGCAUACCUACUUAUAGCAAUCCAGUCGUGAUCAUGGGCGAACAGGGCGCUGCAGCGGGCACCCCUCUCGCUUUGGCAGCAACGCUGCUAGCAGGCACCAUCCUGGUGUUUUAUAUAUACCAGCAGCUGAAACCUUCGAAGAGUAGGCUACCGGGGCCGCUUUUCAGCUGGCCUUUUCUGGGCGACACCAUCGAGUUUGCCACCACCGACCCCACCAAAUUCCUGUUCGGCAGGUUCAAGCGCUAUGGAAGGGUGUUCCGGCUAAGCCUGCUGGGCUUCACCGCCUACGUCACCGCCGACCCGGAGGCGCUCCGCCCGCUACUGGCGGACGAGGGCGGCCACUUCACCAUCCCCGUGCAGACCUUCACGGCGCUCAUGGGCGCCUACAACCUGCAGGCGCACAAGGAGGUGCACGCGGCCUGGCGCAAGGUGCUUAUGGCCGCGCUGACCGGCAGCGGGAUGGCCAAACUGGUGCCGGGUGUGGUGGCGGUCAUGGGGCGACACGUGGAGGGCUGGGCGCAGGCGGGCCGCGUGGAGCUGUACGAGGCGGCCCGCACGCUGGGCCUGGAUCUGGCGGUGGACGUGCUGUCGGGUGUGAAGCUGGAGGAGCGCGGCAUCCAGCCCGCCUGGCUCAAGUCCCGCAUGGCCGACUUCCUGGGCGGGCUGUACGGCCUGCCGCUGGCUCUGCCGGGCAGCCCCCUGGCCAAGGCGCUGGCGGCCAAGGAGGAGCUGCUGCGGGUGCUGGUGCCGGCGGUGGAGGGGCGGCAGCAGGAGCUGCUCAAGCUGUGGGAGGACAACGACCGCUCGGCGGCGGCUGUGGCGACAAAGCUGGCGAGCUCGCCGGAGACCGCCACCAUCGCCGACGCCAACCUCCUAGGCUUCACGGCGAGGGGCUGCACCACGCCGCGGGACGCCGCCAUGACUGUGCUUCACGCGGUGAUGGGCGCGGCCGACACCACCCGCUUCGCGCUCUUCAACACCUGGGCCAUCCUGGCGAUGAGCCCGCGCGUGCAGGACCUCAUAUACGAGGAGCAGAAGAAGGUGGUUGCAGAGAACGGCCCCGAGCUGACGUACAAGACGGCCAUGAGCAUGCCCUACCUGGAUGCGGCCUUUAAAGAGGCGAUGCGGCUGCUGCCCGCCUCCGCCGGCGGAUUCCGAAUGCUCACCAAGGAGCUGCGGGUCGGUGACGUUCUGCUACCGCCAGGCACAAUCAUAUGGUUCCACGCGCUGCUGCUGCAGACCCUGGACCCGGUGCUGUGGGACGGCGACACGAGCGUGGACGUGCCGGUCCACAUGGACUGGCGCAACAACUUCGAGGGCGCGUUCCGGCCCGAGCGAUGGCUCAGCGAGGAGACCAAGCCGCGCAGCUACUACAUCUUUGGACAAGGCGCGCACUUGUGCGCGGGAAUGGUGCUGGUGACGCUGGAGGUGAAGCUGCUACUGGCCAUGGUGCUGCGCAAGUGGCGGCUGCAGCUUGAGGUGCCGGACAUGCUGGCGCGGGCCGAGCUGUUCCCCUACACCAAGCCCGCCAAGGGCACGGGCGGCAUGCGGCUGAUUGCGCGGGAGCAGCCCGUGGCGUGAGGGGCAGGGACGCAGGGAGGCGUGAAUUGGGGCUCGAGGGUUUUGGAGUCUGGAGCAUGGUUUGAGGCGGGGGCAAGGUUAUGGCAGUUGCAGGGGGUGGGCUGUGGCGAUACCUAUGGACAGCAGGAGUAGGGACGUGAGAGGUGUUGGGCCAGGUUGGGCCGUGUCAGGUCCACGUGUUGGUCAGGCCCCGUGUUGAAGGCCGCAAGAAUGAAGUUGGAGAUACGCAAGAUACGCGUCGGGAGUUGGGGGGGCGAAGAGUUUGACAUCUGCGUGCUACAGCAUAUGAAGUACUGUACUGCGGGCUUGCAACAUGGCUGGGGGCGUGGGGCUCAGGCGGCCGGUGCCCGGGGUGCCUGCGCGACUCUGGAGGGAACUCGACUGAUCACACGCGUGUGUAACGGUUGACUGUG